AAGUACUAAAGAAAAGGUUUGUGUCAGUACAAAAAAGCGAGAGAAAAGGCAAAAAAUCUUGCGCUUCUGGCAUCAGUGUAUGCUCACAGUUUCAGCGUUCAGUCUGUGAGCGAGAACUCCUGAACUGGCAGCUUCUUUUGAACUAUCCACUGAGUUUAAAGAGGCUCCACAUCCUGUUCAGUUACAGACAUUUGAACAUGGUAUACAGCCACUGGCCAAACUGAGGGCACUUAAACACUUCAUACGGUUAUUCGCGCUCCUUUAGGUUUGCCAGAAGGUUGAGCAGAUAUGGUGGAUAAGGUGCAGGUGCUGCCGUACUUCUUCGGCAACAUCACCCGCGAGGAGUCUGAAGUUUAUUUGCAACAGGGAGGAUCAGGAGACGGUCUGUACCUGCUCCGCCAGAGCCGCAGUUUCCUCGGCGGCUAUGCCCUGUCACUGUCCUACGGCCGCCAGUUCUACCACUACACCAUCGAGAGGGAGCUGAACGACACCUACGCCAUCGCUGGAGGCAAAUCUCACCGGACGCCUAUAGAUGUGAUCGACUACCACUCGCAGGAGUCUGACGGCCUCAUCUGCCUGCUGAAGAAGCCCUUUCACCGGCCCCGCGGCACAGAGCCUAAAGUCGGGCCCUUUGAAGACCUGAAGGAGCAGCUCAUCCGGCAGUAUGUCAAGCAAACCUGGAAUUUACAGGGUUCAGCGCUGGAGCAGGCCAUCAUCAGCCAGAGGCCUCAACUGGAGAAACUCAUCGCCACAACAGCGCACGAGAAGAUGCCCUGGUUUCACGGCAAGAUCGAUCGCGAGGAUUCAGAGCUGCGUUUGCUCAAUACCUCACGGGUCAAUGGCAAAUUUCUAAUCAGACAAAGAGAAAACAGUGGCAGAAACGAGUCCUAUGCGCUGUGUCUCCUGCAUAACAAUCAAGUCAUGCACUAUAGAAUUGAUAAGGACAGGGCUGGCAAGCUCUCCAUUCCUGAUGGCAAGAAGUUUGACACACUAUGGCAGCUGGUAGAACACUAUUCUUACAAGCCUGACGGCCUGCUCCACGUGCUCACCGAGUCCUGCCAGAGACCAUCACAUCAUUCGGAGCGGGGUGCCACAGGUGGGAUUCUCUCCAGAAUCAAAUCAUACUCCUUCCCCAAACCUGGCCAAAAAAAGGUUCCCACUGAAAACCCUUAUAAAAUCACACCUAACGGCAAAGGCGACUAUUCCAAGCAGAGUAAUUUCUCAGACUCAGCUAUGCCAAUGGACACACAGGUGUAUGAAAGUCCAUAUGCAGAUCCCGAUGAGCUGCGAUCGACCACAGUGAACCGCAAUGAUCUGACUCUGGAAGAUGGAGAGCUGGGCUCAGGCAACUUUGGCACUGUCCUGAGAGGGGUUUACCAGAUGAAAAAAACACAGAAGGUUGUUGCUGUUAAGAUCCUGAAGAAUGAUGACGAUAAUGCAGCGGUAAAGGACGAGAUGUUGCGGGAGGCGAACGUCAUGCAGCAGCUGGAUAAUCCAUACAUAGUCCGCAUGAUUGGCAUCUGUGAAGCGGAAAACCUCAUGUUGGUUAUGGAGCUCGCUGAACUGGGGCCGCUUCACAAGUUUCUGCAGAAGAACAAGCACAUCACUGUGAAGAACCUCACAGAGCUGGUUCAUCAGGUCUCAAUGGGGAUGAAAUAUCUGGAAGAGCACAACUUUGUUCACAGAGAUCUUGCAGCCAGGAAUGUGCUUUUAGUCACUCAGCAUUAUGCAAAAAUCAGCGACUUUGGACUCUCUAAAGCCCUGACGGAGGAUGAGAACUAUUACAAGGCCAAAGGUCAUGGUAAAUGGCCGUUGAAAUGGUACGCGCCCGAGUGCAUGAACUACUUGAAGUUUUCUUCAAAGAGUGACGUGUGGAGCUUUGGAGUCCUGAUGUGGGAGGCUUUUUCAUAUGGACAGAAACCAUACAAGGGCAUGAAGGGAAAUGAAGUCAUCCAAAUGAUUGAAAAUGGACAGCGGAUGUCCGCUCCGCCUGACUGCCCACCUGAAAUUUACGACCUCAUGAAGAAAUGCUGGACAUACAAGCCAGAUGAGAGACCUGGAUUUUCUGUAGUCGAACCCAGACUGCGGCAUUACUAUUACGACAUUUCUCAGUGAUUAUGCAACCCAGAGCAUACAGUAUGCAAAUUAUAUCACCAUAUUUGAAAACAAUCAUUUUUGCAUAAGGUGGCAUAUGCUGUAUUGCCGUCCUUCCAUUCUUCAUUGGUACCAAUUUUAAUUAUAUAAUUGACAAAAAAUUCAUCUUGCGUCAUUUAAAGCAAUAAUUUGUAUCAUAGUAUUUGUACUUCCAAGAUGGUUUUGUUAAUUGUAUGAAGUGGAUUUCUUAAGCAAAACGUGCUAGUUCAAUGGUGGAUUUGUUGAUUGAAAGGGCAUGUUUGAAAUGAACAUGAGUGUG